GGCGCCCCUAGCUGUGGGUCUCCCCGCCCGGUUCGCGCGAUAUCGCGAGAGUUAGGAGUAAACAGCCCCCGAAUGGAGGCGCGAGGCGUGUUAGCCGCUGAGGCGCCGUUAUCCCCGGCCCGUCGGAACUGAGCUUGAGGCAGCUGCAGCAGAGUGGCUCACAGAGUGAGUGCUCCUUCCUGCUGGACUUCAGUUCUGUGGUGCAAAUGGAAUAUAGGACUCAGUUGUCUGGCCCAGAGUGAGAGGAGCCUGAGGUCCAAGAUGGAGAAGAAACGAAGAAAGAAAUGAGAGCCUCUGUUCAGGCCGACCACAAAAGGCCAUGAAACUGCACUUUUAUUUACGUUGGACAGACUGUAGAACAGCGGAUCAGUAAUGUUUCAGCAUUUAGCUGAAACAAAAAUUAACUUAUAAUCAAGCAGGAAAAAAGUGUGAUUUGAAUUUAUGCAAUUUUAUGAUCACAUUCACUUAAGACCAUGAAGCUUGUCAACAUCUGGCUGCUUCUGCUAGUGGUUUUGCUCCGUGGGAAGAAACAUCUGGGUGACAGACUGGAAAAGAAAUCUUUUGAAAAGGCCUCUUGCCCUGGCUGUUCCCACCUGACUGUGAAGGUGGAAUUCUCCUCAACAGUUGUGGAAUAUGAAUACAUUGUGGCGUUCAAUGGAUACUUUACAGCAAAAGCUAGAAAUUCAUUUAUUUCAAGUGCUCUGAAGAGCAGUGAAAUCGACAAUUGGAGAAUUAUACCUCGAAACAAUCCAUCCAGUGACUACCCUAGUGAUUUUGAGGUGAUUCAGAUAAAAGAAAAACAGAAAGCAGGGCUGCUAACCCUUGAAGACCAUCCCAACAUCAAACGGGUGACGCCCCAACGCAAAGUCUUUCGCUCCCUCAAGUGCACUGAGUCUGACCCCGUGGUGCCCUGUAAUGGAACCCGAUGGAGCCAGAAGUGGCAGUCGUCCCGUCCCCUGCGAAGAGCCAGCCUCUCCCUGGGCUCUGGGUUCUGGCAUGCUACAGGAAGACACUCGAGUAGACGGUUGCUGAGAGCCAUCCCGCGCCAGGUCGCCCAGACGCUGCAGGCAGAUGUGCUGUGGCAGAUGGGCUAUACAGGUGCUAACGUGAGGGUUGCCGUUUUUGACACUGGGCUGAGUGAGAAGCAUCCACACUUCAAAAAUGUGAAGGAGAGAACCAACUGGACCAACGAGCGCACGCUGGACGAUGGGCUGGGCCAUGGCACCUUCGUGGCAGGUGUGAUAGCCAGCAUGAGGGAAUGCCAGGGCUUCGCUCCAGAUGCGGAACUUCACAUUUUCAGGGUCUUCACCAAUAGCCAGGUAUCCUACACCUCUUGGUUCCUGGAUGCCUUCAAUUAUGCCAUCUUAAAGAAGAUGGACGUGCUGAACCUCAGCAUCGGAGGCCCCGACUUCAUGGACCAUCCCUUCGUCGACAAGGUGUGGGAAUUAACGGCCAACAAUGUGAUCAUGGUUUCCGCUAUUGGCAAUGACGGUCCUCUUUACGGCACCCUGAACAACCCUGCUGAUCAGAUGGAUGUGGUUGGCGUGGGCGGCAUUGACUUUGAGGAUAACAUCGCCCGCUUCUCUUCAAGGGGAAUGACGACCUGGGAGCUGCCAGGAGGCUAUGGCCGGGUGAAACCUGACAUUGUCACCUACGGUGCAGGAGUGAGGGGCUCCGGUGUGAAGGGGGGGUGCCGGGCCCUCUCAGGGACCAGCGUGGCUUCUCCAGUGGUCGCCGGUGCGGUCACCUUGCUUGUAAGGUGCACCCUGAACAACCCUGCUGAUCAGAUGGAUGUGGUUGGCGUGGGCGGCAUUGACUUUGAGGAUAACAUCGCCCGCUUCUCUUCAAGGGGAAUGACGACCUGGCUCUCGUGCUGUAUUCUCUUUUCUAGUCUGAGCCCCAGCUACAUAGAUCUGACUGAGUGUCCCUACAUGUGGCCGUACUGCUCCCAGCCCAUCUACUACGGAGGAAUGCCGACAGUCGUCAACGUCACCAUCCUCAACGGCAUGGGCGUCACGGGCAGAAUUGUAGACAAGCCUGACUGGCAGCCCUACUUACCACAGAACGGAGACAACAUUGAAGUCGCUUUCUCCUACUCCUCCGUGUUAUGGCCUUGGUCAGGCUAUCUGGCCAUUUCCAUUUCUGUCACCAAGAAAGCAGCUUCCUGGGAAGGCAUCGCGCAGGGGCAUGUCAUGGUCACCGUGGCUUCACCCGCAGAGGUGGCAUCCAAAAAUGGUGCAGAACAGACUUCAACAGUGAAGCUCCCAAUCAAGGUGAAGAUAAUUCCUGCUCCUCCUCGAAGCAAGAGGGUCCUUUGGGACCAGUACCACAACCUCCGCUACCCACCCGGCUACUUCCCCCGGGAUAACCUGAGGAUGAAGAAUGACCCUUUGGACUGGAAUGGUGACCACAUCCACACCAACUUCAGGGAUAUGUACCAACACCUGAGAAGCAUGGGCUACUUUGUCGAAGUCCUGGGCUCCCCCUUCACGUGCUUCGAUGCCAGUCAGUAUGGAACCUUGCUCCUGGUGGACAGUGAAGAGGAGUACUUCCCUGAGGAGGCCGCUAAACUGCGGAGGGACGUGGACAACGGCCUUUCGCUCGUCGUCUUCAGUGAUUGGUACAACACGUCUGUUAUGAGGAAAGUCAAGUUUUAUGAUGAGAACACAAGGCAGUGGUGGAUGCCGGACACCGGAGGAGCUAACGUCCCAGCCCUGAAUGAACUCCUGUCUGUCUGGAACAUGGGCUUCAGCGAUGGCCUGUACGAAGGGGAUUUUACCUUGGCAAACCACGACAUGUAUUAUGCAUCUGGGUGCAGCAUCGCUAAAUUCCCAGAAGAUGGCAUAGUGAUUACACAGACCUUUAAAGACCAAGGGUUGGAGGUUUUAAAGCAGGAAACAGCAGUUGUUGAAAAUGUCCCCAUUUUGGGACUUUAUCAGACUCCCAUUGAGGGUGGUGGCCGGAUCGUGCUGUAUGGAGACUCCAAUUGCUUGGACGACAGUCAUCGACAGAAGGACUGCUUUUGGCUGCUGGACGCUCUCCUCCAGUACACGUCGUAUGGGGUGACCCCGCCCAGCCUCAGCCACUCUGGGGACCGACAGCGCCCUCCCAGUGGCGCCGGCGCACUUUCUCCAGAGAGGAUGGAAGGGAACCACCUGCACCGGUACUCCAAGGUCCUUGAGGCCCGCCUGGGAGGCGCAGCGCCACGGGCUCUGCCGGCCUGUCCGCACCUGUCAUGGGCCAAGCCACAGCCUUUAAAUGAGACGGCUCCCAGUAAUCUUUGGAAACAUCAAAAGUUGCUCUCCAUCGACCUGGACAAAGUGGUAUUACCCAACUUCCGGUCAAAUCGCCCUCAAGUGAGACCCUUGUCUCCUGGAGAAAGUGGUGCCUGGGACAUUCCUGGAGGGAUCAUGCCUGGCCGCUACAACCAGGAGGUGGGCCAGACCAUUCCUGUCUUUGCCUUCCUGGGAGCCAUGGUGGUCCUGGCCUUCUUUGUGGUGCAGAUCAACAAGGCCAAGAGCAGGCCAAAGCGGAGGAAGCCCAGAGUAAAGCGCCCACAGCUCAUGCAGCAGGCCCACCCACCAAAGACCCCUUCGGUGUAACAGACCGGCAACCGUGAGCGCACAGAGAGCCUUUGUGACGGCCUUGGUGGGCGGGUAGGAAGAUUUCCCCGGGGCCAUCUGUUUAAAAGGGAUCAAGCCUUCUGGUGCGGGUGUUUCAGAGUCUGCUCCGAGCAGGCCACCCCAUGUGAUGUGUGGCGGCUCGUGGCACCUGUCGAAGUGUCUUGUGGCCGGGGGCCCACAGGAGGGACUCAGCAAAUCAGCCUUGAGUAACAGUUCACCCAGCCGCUGCAUGCACCAAAGCCUGGAGGACUUCAGAAGGCCCCAGGUCUCCUGACCUGAGAGGAUGUACUUUUAAACAAAUGAAACAACUCUGACCAAGCUAAAAUAUGCUCGUUAAAGGCUAUUUUCUAUAUUUAUUGUUGGGAAAAAGUCACUUUAAAGACUUGUGCUAUUUGGAAGCAAAGCUAUUUUUUUGUUUGUCAAUGGAACGCAGUUUUUUACUAUUUCAUUGUGAAGAGUAACACAGAUUCCGUAACCUCCUUUUUGGUGAAAGGAUGGACUGGGAUUUGAAGGAACUUGCACAAAUCUGUGAAACAGACCUUCGCUUAUUUUUAUAAGUACCAAUCGCCAUCAUGCUUUGUAAUUUGGGGUAUUUGAUUUCACCAUUGUCGGUGAAGAAAAUUUUCAAUAAAUACGCGUCACCUGUAUGAAGCUAUAA